UUAGAUGGGGUGUGUGUGUUGACCUGGUGAGUGUACGCCUGCUGUGUGCCUUUCAGUCAGAGGAUGCAGCAGGUGUAGACGUAGUUCGUGUGUGGACUUGGCAUGUCGCUCUCAGCAGGAGGAGCUGCAGCAGCGGUCUCUCUGGCACUCAGUGAAGCCACAGAUUGUCUAAUUAGAUUAAGCGAGGCUUUCCUCAGAUAAUCAUUCAGCCAGCUCCUGUUUUUUCCUCUGAUAAAGAGAGCUGUUUGAAACUGCGAGCUUGCUGAAGGUCACGCUGAAAAAGGACCAGUUUGGGUAGUAAACUGGGGUCUUGGUGCUGUUCUGCAGACUGCCCGCUGAGGAGCUGUCUCCGGGUUAUGGGCUGUUUCUGGAGCUGUGAGUGUGUCGCUGCUCACAGUAAUCGGACCACCACUAAUACCUGCUGCUGCUAACAGGAGGUGAUGGGGGAAGUUUCUUCACAGAGUCCCUGUCAGGCUACAUCGGUACCUCAGGCCUACCACUGAGUCUAUUUGAGAAGGCCUCUGCUGAGUCCCCAAGAAAGGAAAAAUGACCAACAACUCUUUUAGUGGGUCCAAAUAUGUCCGACGUGGCGAGGCCAACCACGAUGCAGAGUUCAGCUGCUCAGUCCAGGAGCUGCGCUCCCUCAUGGAACUUAGAGGAGAGGAGGCAGUUGCUAGAAUCCAGGAAUCUUAUAGUGAAGUUAAUGGACUGUGCGCCCGGCUGAGGACGUCACCUGUCGAUGGCUUAGAUGGAAAAUCGGAAGAUAUCGACAGAAGGAAAGAGGUGUUUGGACUUAACAUCAUCCCUCCAAAGAAGCCAAAAACCUUUUUGCAGUUAGUGUGGGAAGCCCUGCAAGAUGUCACACUCAUCAUCCUGGAGGUGGCAGCCAUCAUUUCACUAGGCCUUUCUUUCUAUCAUCCACCAGAUGCUGAGAGACAGAACUGUGGCAGUGCAGCUGGCGGCGUGGAUGAUGAGAGCGAGGCAGAGGCUGGAUGGAUCGAAGGCGCUGCCAUCCUCUUGUCUGUGGUGUGUGUGGUGCUCGUGACGGCCUUCAAUGACUGGAGCAAAGAGAAGCAGUUCCGUGGCCUCCAGAACCGCAUCGAGCAGGAGCAGAAGUUCACGGUGGUUCGAGGGGGGCAGGUGAUCCAGAUCAAAGUGUCCGAGAUUGUGGUUGGUGACAUUGCACAAGUCAAAUAUGGUGACCUCCUCCCUGCUGACGGUGUCCUGAUUCAGGGCAACGAUCUGAAGAUUGAUGAGAGUUCUCUAACCGGAGAGUCAGAUCAUGUCAAGAAGAACCUUGACAAAGACCCCAUGCUGCUGUCAGGUACCCAUGUGAUGGAAGGCUCUGGCAAGAUGGUGGUCACUGCUGUGGGUGUGAACUCUCAGAGUGGAAUAAUCUUCACCCUGCUUGGUGCUGGUGAUGAAGGUGACAACGAGGACAAGAAAGACAAGAAAAAAGAGGAACACAAAAGGAAAGAUUCAAAGGGGAAGAAAAGGGAGAAGAAGGACGGAGCAUCCGUGGAGAUGCAGCCACUUAAUGGUGAGGGAGAACCAGAGAAGAAGAAAAAACACAUUGCAAAGAAAGAGAAAUCCGUCCUCCAGGGGAAGCUAACUAAGCUGGCUGUGCAGAUCGGCAAAGCAGGUCUGUUCAUGUCAACUCUCACUGUCAUCAUCCUCAUCACUCGCUUCCUGAUCGAUACAUUCUGCAUUCAGGGUGUUGUGUGGCUUCCUGAGUGUGUGCCCAUCUACAUACAAUUUCUGGUCAAGUUCUUCAUAAUUGGUGUGACGGUGCUUGUGGUAGCUGUACCUGAAGGCCUCCCUCUGGCCGUCACCAUCUCCCUAGCCUAUUCAGUCAAGAAAAUGAUGAAGGACAACAACCUGGUCCGCCACCUGGAUGCCUGUGAGACAAUGGGCAAUGCCACUGCCAUAUGCUCUGAUAAAACGGGCACACUGACUAUGAAUCGCAUGACAGUGGUGCAGGCCUACAUCGGGGAACGCUACUACAAAAAGGUGCCAGAGCCAGACCUUAUCCCUCCCAAAAUCCUGGACCUGCUUGUCCUGGGCAUCGGGGUCAACUGCGCCUACACCACCAAGAUUAUGCCUCCAGAGAGGGAUGGUGGACUCCCUCGCCAGGUGGGAAACAAGACUGAAUGUGCCUUACUGGGAUUCACCCUCGACCUGCGCCGAGACUAUCAGGCCAUUCGCAACGAAACCCCCGAGGAGAAACUUUUUAAGGUCUAUACCUUCAACUCUGUGAGAAAAUCCAUGAGCACUGUGCUAAAGAACCAUGAUGGCAGCUACCGAAUGUUCAGCAAGGGUGCCUCUGAGAUCCUGCUUAAGAAAUGUUGUAAGAUCUUGACGGCCAGUGGUGAUGUCAAAGUCUUCAAACAUCGCGACCGAGAUGAUCUGGUUAAAAAGGUGGUUGAGCCAAUGGCGUCUGAGGGACUGAGGACCAUCUGCCUCGCCUACAGAGAUUUUCCUGUGUCUGAUGGAGAGCCUGACUGGGACAAUGAGGCCCACAUACUAACAGGUCUCACAUGCAUCGCUGUAGUUGGCAUUGAGGACCCAGUACGACCUGAGGUUCCAGAAGCCAUCAGAAAGUGCCAGCGGGCUGGAAUCACUGUUCGCAUGGUGACUGGAGACAAUAUCAAUACUGCCCGUGCAAUUGCCAUUAAAUGUGGCAUUUUGCAUCCUGGAGAUGAUUUCCUGUGUUUGGAGGGCAAAGAGUUCAACCGACGCAUUCACAAUGAAAUGGGAGAGAUUGAGCAGGAACGUCUUGAUAAGAUUUGGCCCAAGCUCCGAGUCCUCGCUCGAUCAUCUCCAACGGACAAACACACUUUGGUCAAAGGAAUUAUUGACAGCACAGUCUUUGAGCAGAGGCAGGUUGUUGCAGUAACUGGAGAUGGAACAAAUGAUGGUCCUGCCCUAAAAAAAGCAGAUGUUGGCUUUGCUAUGGGCAUCGCAGGGACGGAUGUGGCUAAGGAGGCGUCUGACAUCAUCCUGACAGACGAUAAUUUCAGCAGCAUUGUUAAGGCUGUUAUGUGGGGCAGGAAUGUCUACGACAGCAUAUCUAAAUUCUUGCAGUUCCAGCUCACCGUCAAUGUGGUUGCUGUCAUUGUGGCCUUUACCGGAGCCUGCAUCACCCAGGACUCUCCUCUGAAAGCUGUGCAGAUGUUAUGGGUGAACCUCAUCAUGGACACAUUUGCUUCGCUGGCCCUUGCCACGGAGCCACCGACUGAGGCACUGCUGCUUAGGAACCCAUACGGCCGCAAGAAGCCGCUCAUCUCCCGCACCAUGAUGAAGAACAUUCUGGGACAUGGUGUCUACCAGCUGACCAUAAUCUUCACCCUACUCUUUGCUGGUGAGACGCUGUUUGACAUCGACAGUGGCAGGAAUGCCCCGCUUCACGCCCCGCCCUCUGAGCACUAUACCAUCGUGUUCAAUACUUUUGUCCUCAUGCAGAUCUUCAAUGAGUUUAAUGCCCGCAAGAUCCAUGGAGAGAGAAACGUUUUUGAGGGUGUCUUCAGAAACCCCAUCUUCUGCUCCAUCAUCUUCGGAACCUUCGUCUCACAGUUCAUAAUUGUACAGUUUGGAGGUAAACCUUUUAGCUGUGUGGACCUAACCCUUGAGCAAUGGCUUUGGUGCAUCUUCUUGGGCCUCGGCAGUCUGCUGUGGGGACAGGUAAGAAACUGUUUUUGCUAA